GUGUUCGCAGGCUUCUGUUUUGGGCUCGGCGAAUAUCCGGAAUAGACCGACCCACCGCGUCAAAACAAAAGACAAGCGCGCAAGAGCCAUCCAUCCAGUUCGGGUGAUCGCGAGAGGGCGUUUGGACUUCCCCUCCCCCGCCAACACGAGUCACUUUCCACACUCCGAUCCAGCCAACCGAGUGACAAGCUUCAUCUCACCACCACCCAUUUCCACCAUGGCGCCCAGCACCACCACUAAGACCAUGGAGGAGUCUCCCAAGGAGAAGAUCAGCAGCACCAGCAGCACCGCUGCUACCAACGACACCCCCAAUAACACCACGACCACCACCGCUUCUGCCGCCGCCGCCGCUACUGCUGCUCCUCCUGCCGAUACCCCUAAGAGCAGCAGUAGCGGUGCCUCUGCUGCUCCUGCCACCACGAGCGCCACCAGCACCGCCGCCGCCAACCCCCCAACCACGCUGGCAGAAAUGUCUGAGACCAUCGACCAAAACACAUUCGAGCAGAUCCUUGAAAUGGAUGAUGAAGGCGAUAAUGACUUCAGCAAAGGCAUCGUGUUUGGAUUCUUCGAUCAGGCAGAGAGCACGUUCGAUAAGAUGGAGAAGCACCUCGCGGACAAGGACCUGGGCGAGCUUUCGUCUCUGGGUCACUACCUCAAAGGUUCCUCCGCCACUCUGGGACUGAUUAAGGUCAAGGACGCAUGUGAGAAGAUCCAGCACUACGGUGCCGGCAAGGAUGAGACUGGCACCAACGAUGAGCCCGACCAGGAGGUUUCGCUUGAGAACAUCCGCAAGACCCUGACCCAAGUCAAGAAGGAUUACAAGGAGGUCGAGGAUUUCUUGCGCAGAUACUAUGGCGAAAGCCCCUAAACCACGAUUAAGGCGAAUUCUUCGAGAAAUUCAGAUGGCCACAGGGGCAAGGCAGAGAGAAGAUGAAGCAAGCAGGCUGGGUUACUGAGUUGAACUGAAUAAUGCUGCGUGAGGGAGUGAGGCCACACACUCCGUACAAGAAGACCCAAAUGCAAAUCGAUACCGCCCGAGCGGAGAGGUGACCACGAGAGCCAAUCACCACCCCUCCACCACACUAAAAGAUAGGUAGUCUUUUCCAUCAAGGCUGCACAACAAGCGAGGAGAAAGGGAAGGGAGCUACAGCAUUCGUUUGUAUUUUUGUCUCUUGCAUGUUAUGAUCAUGAUCGUCGUCGUCGUCACGAACCAUCACGAGGGUU